AUGUCGCAAUCGAUUUGGGAUUGUCUUCCUGCGACCAUUUAUUGCAAUCUAGCAGAAAACACACCUUACGGAAAGACUGGUAGAAAUCUUUAUGAAGUUGGAGAGGAGUGUAAGGGAGACAGUUUGUAUUAUAAAGGGAUGGACUACUUUGAUGAGUACUUGAGUAAGCCAGAGGUAAUGAAAGCAGUUGGUGCGGAUGUGUCAAGUCACAAAUCAUGCAACGAGGGGGGCUCAAGAAAAAUUUUAUUCUCAAUGGCAAAUCUGAUGAGACCUUAUUACAAGCAUAUUGUUGAGGUUUUAGAAAGUGAAAUACCGGUUUUGCUCUAUAAUGGAGACAAAGACUUCAUUUGCAACUAG